AGCUGUCUUGGAUCAAGCUUUUGAGUCGACUCCGCGAGCGUAUUUUUUGCUGGAGCACCCCACACCGGUGCCACUGGCUGCAUCGUCAGCAGAAUGGCGGCGACAUAUAGCUAUGAGGACCUUGAAAUGCACAGCGGGAGUGACCAUGAGGAGACCACCGCCGCGCUCCUCGUGGAAGGCCCUUCGAUGCCAGGGCCCUCCCGCCGUCCCAACUCGUGUUCUCCGCUGGAGGAGCGGGACAACCGACCGCGUUGGUCGACGACAUGGAGAGUCGCUGGACUCGUGGGCAGCUUGGCCCUAGUGGCCACUGUUUUGGCCUUGCUCCCAGCUAGCGGUCCUUUUCUCGAGGGCUCGCUCGGCGGUGUGGUGCAGAAGAACAACGACUGGGUGAUGACAGGGGUCUUCACCCCGAUGUCAUUGCCAGCAUCUGUCGCCACCAAUGCUGCCCUGAAGCCGGAAGAGAACCGACAAGAUGGCAACGUUUGCGCUGACGACGAGGAGAAGUUUGAAGGCAUUUGCUACAAGAAGUGCUCAAUCCUCACGCAGGGUACUCAUAAGAUUAGAACCACUGCCUUCACCUGCUGCUCCGCAGACAAGAUUGAGGACUGUGGCUUUAGCAAUCAGGAGGUGAAGAUGUCAAUCUGCGGCGGCUUCGACGUGGCGGGCGACAUCAACGGCCAGGAAGGUUUGUGCCCUCACAAAAAGGGUUCCUGCUAUCUCAACGAGGAGAUGUACUUGGGUAUGUGCUACAAAAAGUGUAGCGACCUCACUGAUGGCGCGUACACUCAUCGGAUUUCCGCCUUCUCUUGCUGCAACAACGAGAACAUCCUCGCGUGCAACCCCUUCUCCUUCGGUACGAGCAACGUGAAGAGCGCCGUCUCGUUCAACGCCGGAGGCAAACUGGACAGCUCGCCACACAACCCGGUGCCCGAGCUCACUGAGAGCUCCUCGCCUGCGACACCCAACGGAGCGGCGCCUGCCGCUCCUGCGGCGGCGCCUGCCCCAGCAGUGGCGUAGAGGAGGAACCGGAACGCGCUAAUUGGUGCAUGCUGAUCCCGGACUGCCGCGGUCGCGUCACCGGUGUUGAACCGGUGCACCGGUGUGGUCGUCGCACCCGCCCCCGGUGCCCACCGGAAGACCACGAAAACCACCGGAAUGGCACCGGAACAGCACCGGAGCGCCCGUCGUUCGGCUCAAAUUCGGUGCGGUGACCUGUGGAAAGCAUGUUUGAAUUGAACUGCGACCCAUGGGUGCAUUAGGCGUUUACAUUGGAGGGAUGCCGC